CUCGGAAGUUGAACUGUGUUCCUGUUGGAGCUUUCAGAAAGCAGAAAUGCAGUAAGCCCUGGAUGAUGAAACCUGUUGGAUUUCUAGUGGAAGCAGCUGGAGCCUUUGGCUUGUUAACGAGCAAUGAUUCAAGUCUUGCAGAUUGUAAAGGAGCUGGUGAUACCAUCAAGGCCAAAAGCAGCUACAGUAAAGGAAGAUUCAGAUCAGGAUGUGGCUCUCAAACUUGCUCAGGAACGUGCUGAGAUAGUUGCUAAAUAUGACAGAGGACGAGAAGGUGCAGAGAUUGAGCCCUGGGAAGAUGCUGAUUACCUGGUUUACAAAGUCACGGAUAGAUUUGGCUUUUUACAUGAGGAAGAGCUUCCAUAUCCUAACGCCGCUGUGGAACGGCAAAAGCACUUGGAAAUUGAGAGAACUACCAAAUGGCUGAAAAUGUUGAAAGGAUGGGAAAAAUACAAGAACACUGAAAAGUUUCAUCGACGAAUUUACAAAGGAAUCCCACUCCAGCUUCGUGGUGAAGUCUGGGCUCUCCUUCUUGAGAUCCCCAAGAUGAAAGAAGAAACCAGAGACCUUUAUAGUAAAUUAAAACACAGAGCACGAGGUUGUUCACCUGAUAUCAGACAAAUAGACCUUGAUGUCAACCGCACAUUUAGGGACCAUAUUAUGUUUAGAGACAGAUAUGGUGUUAAGCAACAAUCCUUAUUCCAUGUUCUUGCUGCAUAUUCUAUUUAUAAUACGGAAGUCGGGUACUGCCAGGGGAUGAGUCAGAUCACAGCACUGCUCCUCAUGUACAUGAAUGAGGAAGACGCCUUCUGGGCCCUGGUCAAACUCUUCUCAGGACCCAAACAUGCCAUGCAUGGCUUUUUUGUUCAAGGUUUUCCUAAACUCUUGAGGUUUCAAGAACAUCAUGAAAAAAUAUUGAAUAAAUUUCUAUCCAAACUGAAGCACCAUUUGGAUUCUCAAGAAAUUUACACAAGUUUUUAUACAAUGAAAUGGUUUUUUCAGUGUUUUCUUGAUCGGACUCCCUUUACCCUGAACCUUAGAAUAUGGGAUAUCUACAUCUUUGAAGGAGAGCGAGUUCUUACUGCCAUGUCCUACACCAUCUUGAAAUUACACAAAAAACAUCUAAUGAGGUUGUCUAUGGAAGAACUUGUGGAAUUUCUUCAGGAGACUCUAGCAAAGGAUUUUUUCUUUGAAGAUGAUUUUGUAAUAGAACAACUUCAGGUUUCUAUGGCAGAACUAAAGCGGGCAAAAUUAGAUCUCCCAGAACCUGGUAAGGAAGAUGAAUAUCCAAAGAAACCUUUGGGGCAACUUCCCCCUGAACUUCAUUCUGGUGGUGUUACUCACAUGAGCAAUGGACAAAGAAGUGUUGGCAGGCCCAGCCCUCAGAUAAGCAACAGAAGAGAAUGUGGGUCACCACCUCAUAAAAACCAUGAGCACUCACCUCACCAUCAGAGCAGACUGGGUACUCCAGAAAGAGUCAAGCAGCUAAGACGGAAGUCAGAGGAUGAGGAUAGUAAAAACCUGAAAGAUGAGGCAGAUCUUCAGAGGAAACCAUCAUCAGGCCCACAGGACAGUUCCAGGCAGUAUAACCAUGCAUCUGCUAACCAAAAUAGCAAUGCAACUUCAAACGUCAGGGGGGGAUUUAUGCCCAGGUGGAAUAAACCGUCAGAUACUUCAGCCACUGACAGAGCUGCCAAGUAUGUCACUGAAAGCAAAAGUCGAUCUGUGCACCCCACUCUUACAGUCACCACCCCAAGUUCUGGUGAUUCCCGAAUGUCGAACUCAAGGCAGAAGAUGAAGGCUUUUGAUGCCAGUGAUGGAAAGCGGGGCUCCAAUGCAUCACAGUACGAUAAUGUGCCUGGCAGUGAAAAUGAAAAUGGAGCCCCAGUGGAGGAGGCUCUAGAAAGGGCUUACUCUCACAGUCCAAGGAGCAUCAUUUACCCUAACAGCCCAAGAAAGCAUGCUGAGCCAAGUUCUAGUCCGGCAAAAGUACCAAACAGGUUUACCUUUAAAGUUCAGUCUCCUAGCUAUGCAAGGUACUCAUCUCAGUUAGAAGGGGAAGAUCGUGGGGCCGCAUAUCCACCCUCCUACAGUAAUCCCCCUUUUUACCAUGGGAAUUCUCCUAAACACAUCCCCACUACCCACACCAGCCUUGGGUCUCCACAGGUCAGCCCUGGGGCUCAAAUGAAUCCUUCCAGGAGACCUCAUGCUUCUACUCUUUCAAUUAAUAUUUCCCCAGAGAGAUCUUACAGCCGCCCAACUCCUAUUGUUCUACCAUCUAGUCGGAUAGAAGUCCUCCCUGUCGAUACUGGUGCUGGGGGCUACGUGGGCAAUUCAGGGUCACCAGAAAAUGGAAAAUUCAUCAUUCCUCCAGUGGAUUAUUUGCCAGAUAAUAGAAAAUGGCCAGAAGUUAGUUAUACUUAUAGACAUGAGACACAUGGACAAUCAUGGACUCAAGAUGCUCACGGUAGUCACUUAAGCAGUUUUCCUAAAUAUACAGCCUUUUCACAUACACCUUACCAGGAUCAUACCCUCCCAGCAGUUUCCGUAGAUAGUCCAGUGCGGUGUAAAACUUCACCAGCCAUAGAAGAUGCUGGUCCAGCUGGCUAUCAAUAUGCAAGACCUUCACCUCCAGCAUAUCACUAUAGAAAUCAGGAGGGACUUUCUAUUCAAGAGUCAGUAUUGCUGUGAGAGUUCACUCACUGAAGACAAGAGAAUAGAAACCAUAGGAAGCCUAUGCUGCUGUGUUUAUAAUUGCCAAAGCAGUAUUUCAUACUCCUGUAAAAGCUCGCACAGUUCUCAUGUACAUUAGUAGUGAGGGCGUGGGGAUGUUUCCAUCCCAUGAAGAUAGAUGCUGCUUAAGACGAGCAUUUUAAAUUUCUCACCCCGAACCUCUGAGGAGAACCUAACCUGGAAGCAUAGCAGUAGCAUUUAGGGAUGCCCGCACACUAGUGGUUCUCGGCUCGCGUUCAUUUAGAUCUUUCUCCCCAGUCUGACACUGUGCUGUGCUGGCCCAUUCCAUUUUGACUAAUGUUACACAGCACUGAAGCGCUGUAGAAGAGAGUUCUAAAGGGUACAUGUAGUGUGUCUUUUAACAGUGCAGAUAUCUGUGUACACAGAUUCAAACACAGCUGAAAAAAGCAUUUUUAAAAACUAAUUUUACUCUAGAUUCAUAAUAUAUAACAUUCAUUUUUUUUUCUUAACUUGUCUUUUAGCUUUUUACCACUUCAUGUUUUUAACUGAAGUCGUAAACUGAAACUAAGUUUGCCCUAGUUUUUUCAAUCCAGCAUCUCACAAAAUGUCUGUCAUUCUUCAACUGCUGCCUUUUUACUUCCAUCUGAAAAUUAAAGACAUCGGAGAGGAAGGCUAUCUACAUAAUGGUGCUUAAAACUGGGGCAGUGACCCUAUGCUUGUGGCCAGAGGUGCAGGCCUCAGUUCCUCCUCCUCCAGACCAGGCUUUACCUGGCUGCCCUUCCCUCUGGUCUGGCGUUCUGCUCAGCAUCUGCUGUCCUGCAGGAUGCACAGGGCGCAGCUGCAAGAGAAAUUACGGCGCACUGCUCACGGCCCCACGAGUCAUGCAGGGCUCAGGCCGGGGAGGAAAUGCCCUGAGGUUCGCGUGAAAGCAGGGUUAAAUGAGGCUCCUUCUCACUUGGCAUCUCACAUUAUAGAGGUCUCCUGGAGGGCCCAGAGAGACUGCUUACCUAGUCUUUUUCUGACAUUUUCUUAUGAGAAUAUAAUCAAUGGAUAUUGCUAUAUUUAGUGGGCCAAUACAUUAUCCAUAUUAAAAUUGUGAAAAAAAAAUCCUGUUUCUUAACAGGCAUCUAGGAUUUGACCUUUUUUAAGAAAAAUGUAAUAUUUCAUAGUUAAUUUUUUUUCUUUUUUAGUAAACAAAAAUUCAGUUUCAUGAUAAAAAAUAGAAUCAGUGAUAUCUUUAAAAAUAUCCUACUACACUACAGUUACCAAAACAGUGACAAAGUUUAUGGUUCUUCCUAUUCCAGGUUUGGGCUUUAAGAUUUUGAGGUACAAAAAUAUGUCUUAAAAUGAAAGUAACAUUUGUUUAGCUAGUGAAUGUGACAAUAUUUUUAUGUACAUAAUGAGUCUAAUGUAAUUUUAAUCAACAUGGUAAUGACGUUAUUAAGUGGCAAGACAAAUGCAGUGUAUCAAAGCUGAACACUACACGGGGACUCUCAGCCCCUGAAUGACUGAGCUCUGGAUUCAGACAUGUGCAAGCUGAGAAAUAAAUGUAUGUAGACAUGUAGCUGAAGACAUUAAUUCCAAUGUUUAAAAUACGAUUCUGUGACUUGUAAUAAGCCAGGCUGUACAAUUUAGUCUUGACAGCAGCACCUGGGCUGCUGCAGCCAUCGCGUCAGAAGUAAUGAGUGCUGUAGACUGUCUGUGUAUAUACGCCCACACUGUGUAACACACGCUAUUUUCCUAUGUCACCAUGACUUCUGUCUGUACACUUUUUUGCUGUGAUUGUCCUAACACGCUGACGGUGAUAGUUUA